UCCUCCGUUACAUAACGCCACACUGACAGGAGGGUCAUUUCCUUUCCUGCGCUCCUUCACAGAAGUGGUUUUCUCCUUUUCUCUGGCCUCUGUGUUUUACAGCUUACUAUAAUGAGUCUGAGGAUCGUUGUGCUUCUGGCUGUGUUGAGUGGGGUGACCGGGAGCCCCAGCGUGGCGCCCAGACCUGAAGCUGACUCAGCGUUCACGACGGUUCAUCCCAACAGCGUCCCAGAGACAGUGGAGGAAACCGAGCUCUCUGAAACGCUGGACAUAUUGGUGGAAGAGGAGGCAGACGAGGAUGUGAUGGCGACAGGAGAGCUGAACCCCAAUCACUACCAGGCGCAGAGAGCAGCCAAAGUGGUCCAACACUACCUCAACACUCGAUACGGCUCCCCAUACCGGCUGCUAGGACUGCACAGAGUCCACAGCGGAAAUGCAGAGGAUGUUGAAGACUCUGGAAGAAAGUAUCAGCUGGAGAUCUCAGUGCAGGAGAUAAUCAGCAAUACGACAGAGAAAUGCUCUGCAGAGGUUUUGUUUCCGAGGGGGGGGCAGCAGCGCUCUCCUCAGGUCCAGGCCUCGUGUGAGGAGCUCCUUAAAAUCAAAACCACAGCUCAAGAAGAGGCCUUGUACCAACAGUACAAGAUGACCCAGAGCCUUUUAUCGGCACACAAUUUACCUGACAGCUACGGUCACAUUGAUCCCGACAUGAAGCCUUUCUGGCACCUCUGCAUCGUGGCCUCCAGCUUCAUCAUGCUGAAUGAGUCCAGUGAGAACACUCUGUACAACAUGGCUCAGGUGGCCAACAUCACACAGCUGGCAACUGAGAACGACCAGCUGAAGUUUGACUGUCAUGUACUGCUGCAUGAGAUGGUGUCCCAGGAAAUCAUUCACUGGAAGCUGCUGUUCACAUGGUCUCCUCCAGAGGGCGUUAAAGUGCAGCAGAUGGAGCAGCUGCCACACUGCCAUCAUUGUGAAAAACCUCCAAACACAAACUGAACUGCUGACAUUCAUCACACUGCUGCCACAACAAAAACCACAUCCUGACCCUCCUCUCUUGUACUCAAAUAUUGGAGAUGAAAUGCUGCAAAUAAAAAGCCAUCAUAUAUAAUGAUGACAUUAUAACAUUCUGCUACCUUAGCAGUCAUUUUGGUUGCUUUGAUUUUAGCCAAAAUAAACUGUAUACAGACUA